UAGAAAUAUUUUAUGUACACAACAAUUAUAAUUAUUAUUUUCACCUAAUCAAUAUUUUACUAUCAAAAAAAUCAAUGUAUGACAUCGGCGGUAAUUGGAAAUUAAGAAUUUAAGAAAAAAAAAACCUUGUUUCCGUAAGCAUACAAUAAAAUUUAAUGGUUCAUUUACUUAUACAAUAAAAGGUAUUUGCAAGAUCAUUAUCCGUCGUCAUACAUAUCUUUAAAGUUACAUCACAAAAUACAACUACAAAUAUUAUGUGUUAUUUACUUACAAAAAAAAAAAAAAACUAAUAUUAAUAAUUUACCAUAACAACAGCAGUUCUACGUUUAAGAUAAUGAUUUUUUUAUAGCACGAAGGAUUCUGGUUAUUAUUAAAUUUAUAAUUUUGUCAUCAGAAUACGACAUAAUAGAAUAAAGUCGGUGAAAAAUAAUUAGUUAUGUCGGUAUUACCUGAUGGAUAAGAUAAAAGUUAUCGUAACGAAGAACUUGGUCUUAAAUACAAAGUUCGUCGGUUGGAAGUCGCUAUUAUUGAAACUAGUAUUGAGGUGUUUAAAAUGGACAAGUGCAUUCAUUAUUUACUUUUUUUUUUUGUUAUUUAAGUUUUUACCGUCAUAUUUAAUAGUACAUCAAUAUGUUCAAUGUUCAAAGAAUGUAGAAUACUGAUAAGUAAUUAUUAAACAGUGCACCGGUAAAUUUGUGCACCCAAACAGAUACGUGUGUAUCAAGUUGCAGCGGAUUAUAUGUUUAAAAUUUUUUAUAUAUUGUAAAUAUGUUAUCAUGUCAGUGGUAUAUUUCGUUGUUAAUAAACGCGUUCUUUUUUAAUUUAAUGAGUUAACGCAAAAAAUUAAAAUACCCAUUAAAAACUUAAACUGUUUUUUAUCUAUGCUUUCAAUAAAAUUUGAUAAAAUUGCAGGUCAUAAGGACGCACAUAAGCAAACUAUGAACACUUAUCGUUAGUUCGAAAACUAAUUUUCUAGUUUCAUAAGGACACAAAUAUCGUUAAAAUUGUAUAAAAAAAAAAUUUUCCAACGAGUUGUGUUAGUUUUGUUAAGAGUUUAAUUAUUAACCAAUGGAAUUAUUUGGAAUUCACUUUGCACCCCUUCGAGUGCCGUUACAAAGAAGACUACAAACACUUGCCGCCGCCGCAUGGAUAUUUGUAUUAGGAUUUGGUGGUGUUAUAGGAUGGCUUACAACUAUUUAUUUUCUUCUUUUUACUACGUGGAUAAGAUAUUUUAUUAUUUUUUAUUUAGUGUGGAUAUAUUAUGAUAAAGAUACUUGUAUCCGAGGUGGGCGUGCAAGACGAUGGACUCAGCCUUUAAAAAAUAGUUUAUGGUGGUAUUAUUACCGUGAUUAUUUUCCAAUAAAACUCCAUAAGACGGUAGAUCUUGAGCCAUCAAAAAAUUAUUUAUUUUGCGCAUACCCUCAUGGAAUUUUAGCGUCAGGCGCUUUUGCAGCAUUUGCAACCAACAUUUUGGACUUUGAAAAACUCUUUCCGGGUCUUGAGUCUAAAAUGCUUACUCUCACUCAGCAUUUUAUGGCACCAUUUUUCAGAGAAUUCGCAUACUGCUGUGGAGCUUGCAGUUCAAGUGCUGAAAGUAUUGAAAAUUUGUUAUCCUAUAAAACAACAAGCCCAGAAGAUUUAAAUAAAGCUGUCAUACUGAUAGUUGGUGGAGCAGCAGAAGCUUUGAAUUGCAAACCAUCUACAUAUCGUAUUAUUUAUAAUAAAAGAAAAGGUUUUAUUAGGAUGGCAUUAAAAACAGGUGCACCAUUGGUACCAGUUUUUUCAUUUGGCGAAACAGAUAUAUACGAUCAGGUUAAUGCUAAAGAAAAUUCAUUUUUACAUAAUUUUCAACAAACAAUGAGGAAUUACACGGGACUUAUUCCAGUAAUUGUUAAAGGUCGAGGAUUAUUUCAAUAUACAUUUGGUAUCGUACCCUAUAGAAGACCAAUCAAUGUUGUUGAAUUAGAUUGGAGCACCUCUAAAUAUCCCAAAAAUUACUGAACCAUCUAAUGAAGAAAUAGACAAGUACCAUGGCCUAUUUAAAGAAAAAUUGUUAGAAUUUUUUGAAACACAAAAAUACAAUUAUUUAAGCAAUCCUAAAGAUAUUAAUUUGAUAUUAGAAUAAAUUAUUUAUCUGUAAAACAACUUGAUUAAAGAUUAAUCGAUUACGAGAUAAAAAAAUUUAUAAACA